AUGCGCGCCCCGUUGGACUUCACCGAUGGCGGCCGGCCCGCGGCACACGAUAUCGCCAUUGUCGGAUACGCCUUCAAGCUCCCACAAGAUGUGGAUGACGAUGUUGCUUUCUGGGAGGUCCUCGAGAAUGGACGGAAUCUGAGGUCCGACUUUCCGGAGUCCCGGAUCAAUGCGGACUCCUUCGUGAAUAGUACACACAAAAAGUUUCCCUCGCAAGGCGGGCACUUCAUCAAUGAGGACAUAGGCGCAUUCGAUGCGCCGUUCUUCUCGGUCACGAGAGAGGAGGCGGCGUCCAUGGAUCCCAUGCAGCGAUGGACAUUGGAGACGUCGUACCGAGCUUUGGAAAAGGCUGGAAUGCCUGCCGAGUCCCUCAAAGGCUCGCGCACCGCCGUCUUUUCGGCGUCCAUGCUAGAGGACUACUCGCGCAUGGUAGCCAUGGACCCGGAGAAUGCCGAACGUACAGCGGUCACCGGCAGCUCCGUCGCAUGCAUCAUCCCCAAUCGAAUCAGCUGGUUCUUUGACCUGCGCGGGCCCAGUGUCCAUGUAAAUACCGCCUGCUCCGGAAGCUUGACAGCCGUGGACAUGGCUUGUAAGACCUUAGAGAGCGGCGACGCCUCGUGUGCCAUCGUUACCGGAUCCAAUCUGCUCAUCGAUCCGACCAUUUUCCAAAUGCUGUCGAGCCAGGGCUUUCUCUCCCCGGACAGCCUCUGCUAUAGCUUUGACCACCGCGCAAACGGGUACGCUAGAGGAGAAGGCGUUCUGGCGCUGAUCCUCAAGCCUGUUGCUGCUGCAGUUCAAAAUGGAGAUAUGAUUCGAGCUGUUAUUCGCUCAACAGGAUCAAACCAGGACGGUCACACUGCAGUACUCACACAGCCAAGCGCCAAGUCACAAGAGGAGUUGAUCCGCCAUGUGUAUAAGAAAGCCAAUCUUCCCCUCAACGAGACGCGCUACGUCGAGGCACAUGGAACCGGAACCCUGGUGGGCGAUCCCAUCGAGAUGAGAGCCAUCGGCCGGGUUUUCAGAAAAUACCGAUCAUCUCAGGAGCCGCUUUAUGUUGGCUCCGUAAAAGCGAACAUCGGCCAUCUCGAAGGCGCAAGCGCCAUGGCAAGUAUAAUCAAAUCAAUAUUGAUCCUUGAAAAAGGAAUCAUUCCACAAAAUGCUCUGUGCGAGAAGGUGAACCCCGCUAUUGACACCGAGUUCUACCACACCGAGGUCCCAAUGCACAGCGUUCCCUGGCCGACAGAGGGUCUGCGCCGGAUAUCAGUAAACUCAUUCGGGUUUGGAGGAUCCAACACGCACGUUAUCCUCGACGAUGCUCUCCACUACAUGCAAGAGAAUGGCCUAGAUGGUAACCAUUGCACGGCUUCUUCGAGUGGGAGUACGACUCACGGAGAGAUAACUACUACGAUGAACGGGGAUAGUCGAGCAAAUGGCCAUGCUCAUGGCAAUGGCACGGCGUACACCAACGGCUCUACCCCUGCGCUCAAAGAGGGUCCCAUUCGCGACGCGGUUCAGGUGAAUGGGAAUGGUUUUCUCGACAAGAGUUCCGAGAACGGGACGGCUUCGCAUACAUCUGGCUAUACUGCACCAUUGAACUCCGCCGUUAGCCUCCCGCGAUUGUUGGUAUGGGCCGCUGCCGAUGAGAAAGCGGUUAAGCGCACGGUCGACAUCCACGCGACCUUCUGCAAAGAGAACAUCCGCGGUGAUCCUAUCAAGCUCGAUCGUCUAGCUUUUACGUUGGCUGCGCGUCGAAGCCAAAUGCUAUGGAGAGCUUGCGAGAUAGUCAGUGCGUCGGAUACCCAAGGAGAGGAGGUUCUCUCCUCGGUAAAAGCAAUUCGAAGCUCGGCCGACGCUGGCCUUGCCUUCGUCUUUACCGGCCAGGGAGCCCAGUACCUGGGUAUGGGCUGGGAUUUGAUACAGUACCCUGUUUUCCUGCAGACGCUGAGACAUAUUGACUCCAUUUAUCACAGUUUGGGAUGCGAUUGGUCGCUCUUAGAUGAACUUCGACAUGGGAAGCAUAUCAACGAGCCUCAAUACAGCCAGCCCUUAUCGACAGCCGUCCAGAUCGCGCUGGUGGAGCUUCUGGAAAGCUUCGGUAUCACCCCGAAGGCAGUUGUUGGUCAUUCGUCCGGUGAAAUUGCUGCCGCAUAUACCUUGGGCGCUUUGUCCUUAUCAUCAGCAUGCAAAGUCGCGUAUUUCCGAGGACAGCUGACAGGAAAGCUGAGAGCCGACAGCUCUACUCCAGCGGGUGCUAUGUUAUCAAUCAAUGUCGCGGAAGGACAAGUGCCAGAAUACCUCAACAGCAUCGAAGAAGCCAGAAAUAGCCAUGUAACGGUGGCCUGCAUCAACAGUCCUCAGAAUUGCACGCUUUCAGGUCCCGAAUCGGCGAUCGAUGCCAUAAAAACGCAGGCUGACAAAGACGGCGUGUUUGCACAAAAGCUCAAGACUGGAGUCGCAUACCAUUCUUCCCAGAUGCGCGCCAUUGCUGAUGAAUAUUAUUCGCUGCUUGAUGGUCUCGAGGGUGCGGAUCCCCGAAAGGUCAAAGCAGCGGCUCUCAUUCCGAUGGUCUCGUCCGUGUCUGGGAAGGCUAUCCGCCCAGCUACGUUGAAAACCGCGCAGUACUGGGUUGAUAACCUCGUGUCGCCAGUCCGAUUUUCGGACGCCAUCCAGGUCCUCACACAAGAGUCCUCAACGCUCAAAGUUGGCCUGGGAAGUAUCACCGAUCUGGUGGAGAUUGGUCCCCAUCCGGCGCUACGUCGGCCGGUGAAUGACACGGUUCAACAGGCACACAACCGCAAGACGCAAGUCCGCUAUGAAAGCAUACUCCAGCGGGGUCAGUCAGCAAUCCAGACAGCCCUGGGGCUCGUGGGUCGGCUCUUCUGCCUCGGCCAUGCUGUUUCCAUCCCGGCAGUCAAUCAACAAUUAGCUGACAUAAAGCCCCCUUUCCUCGUCGACUGUCCCGAGUACCCUUUCGAUCGAUCGAACCACUAUUGGGCUGAAUCGCGCACCAGCCGAGACUUUCGGCUGCGCGGUACUGUGAAAGGGGAAAUCCUUGGAGUGCGUGCGUCGGAUUGGAAUCCGCUGGAGCCCCGGUGGAGGAAUUUUCUGAGCGUCGAAUCCCUACCAUGGACCAAGCACCACAUGAUAACGGAUAAAGCGCUUCUCCCUGCGGCGGGAAUGCUACUGAUGGCCAUCGAAGCCACCCAGGAAAUGAUACCCCGUGACCAAAAUGUGCGGGGCUAUCUCGUUAAAAGGGCCGAUUUCAUCAGCCCCAUUAUCGUGCAGAAGACCCGGGAAGAGCGCACAGAGACCCAGGUCCGUCUUCGGCCUAUAAAGGGAGAGCACCAGAAAAAAGAGUCGCAGUUCGAUAUCGCCAUCUUUUCCUACUCACAGGGCCAAUGGACAGAGUGCUGUAACGUGCUCAUCGAGGUGGAAUCGGAGUCGAUGUCUGAUAACAGCGCGAGGCAGAGGUUUCUUGCCGAUGAAGACGUGCGGAAUCAGUACAAGAAAGCGUCUGAAAUCUGCAACCGGCCGCUUGACUCGCAGAUAUUCUAUAACGAGGCUACCCAGCACGGGUUCCAGUACGGAGAGAUGUUCCAACUGCUGCAGGACUUCCGCUGGGACGGCCGAGGAACCGCUCUGGCCCGUGCGGAUGUGACCAAGGGAGGCCUCGACACAACUAGCUUAGUCCAUCCAGCAGUGCUGGACCAGGCCUUCCAUGUUCUUCGAGCAAGCGCUGGUCAGAAAGCAUCGGUAAAUAUCCCGAUUCGCCUUGUCAAUGCCUGGUUUGCUUCCACGGGUUGGAAAAAUCCGUCGAGUGGCUCAAUCCAAUGGCUGGCAAUGUCUGAUCCAACUACAAGCAGCGAACAGAACGCAGCAAAUGGAGAGACGGGUCACGUCUAUGCCCUUGCAGACGAUGGCACGGUUUUGUGCGCCAUGGAGCAGGCUGUGACAGCGACAAUAUCGGAGAGCAUCCAAGAAAAGAGCAAAAAGCUGCUGCACAGCAUUGAGUGGAAGCCGCAGCUCAGCCUGCUUAGCCCCGAUCAGCUGGCGCAGUUGUUCUCUGCUGACACGGGGAAGGAUGAGUCUGAAAUGGUGACAAGUUUCACCAAAAUAUACUCGACACUAGAUCUCGUCGCUGUGCGGGUCCUGAAAAGCCUGGAUCGUACCGUCGUACCUGAGAGCUUGCGCCGCCACGUCGAGUGGCUCGGCCAUUAUGUCGGUAGGCUGCCAUCUUCAACAGUAUCAGAAGCAGUAGCCAUGAAUGAUGCAACGAUUGAGUCUCUAUUGCAAGAGUGCGACGCUGUACUUCCAGACUGGAAGUUGUAUACGACAUGUGCGAGAAAGCUGCCGGAGAUCCUAGCCGGGAAAGCCGACCCUCUCGAAGUCGUCUUCCAAUCCGACCUGGCUGACAUCUUCUAUAACGCUCUCUUUGAAAACAUGUGUAAUGACGGUCGACUUACCAGACUUUUUGAUUGGGCUUCGCAUGAAAAUCCGGCCAUGCGCAUCCUCGAGGUCGGUGCUGGCACAGGGGGGAUGACGGGACAUGUUCUGGCGGCAUUAGAAGAGCGUGAGCGUCGGACUGGUGCACCUAGUUUUGCUGAAUAUAGUUAUACCGAUGUAUCGCCUAUGUUCCUGGAGCGAGCGAGCAGCCGCUGGCCUCAUUUGCAGACCCAGGGGCGCCUGGUCUUCAAGACCUUUGACAUGGAUCAGGCGGUGGAGAGCCAGGGAUUCGAACCAGCUUCCUACGACAUGAUCAUUGUCGCCAGUGUGCUCCACGCUACACCGGACCUCGAGGCUGCGAUCAGAAACCUUCGCAAAUCUCUCAAGCCGGGUGGCCGCCUGGUGCUUCUCGAGACCACCAAGCCCGAAGAUAUCAUGACAAACUUCAUGGCCGGCUUGGUUCCUGGAUGGUGGGUCGCUCGUGAGAAGUGGCGACCCCAUUCCCCGGCUAUAUCUGAGCCGCUGUGGGACCACUGCCUGCGCAAUAACGGCUUCUCUGGAAAUGACCUAGUGAUCCGAGAUUACCAGCGUGACGAAUGUCACCUCAUGAGCAUUAUCCUCAGCACGGCCGUAGAACAAGCACCGAGCGUAAGUGAACCAGAUUUGGGAUCAGGUAACCUUGUCUUCGUGGUGGAUGAAGACCAGUUGAGCCAGCAGUUACAGCUUGCAGAAUCUGUGCAGAACCAUCUAGUUCUACAGAGAAUUCUGCCCGCAGCUGUCUAUGGAUUCUCAACGGUGGAAUUCCGCGAUAAGCUGGCCGAACUGACCAAGGACGACAUUGUCGUUUGUCUGACCGAAGUUUGCAAACCCCUACUCUCCACCCUAUCAGAGAACGACUUCGCGACUCUGCGACAGUUGACCCAGCAUGCGGCCAAACUAGUAUGGGUAACGGCUGCGGCCACAGGAGACGUGAACUAUCCCGACCGCGGCAUUGCUCAGGGCUUCUUGCGUUCAAUUCGCGCCGAACAGGCUGGUAGCCACAUUGUGACUGUGGCCAUCGAAGGCGAGACGCAUACUGCGGCAUGUGCGCAGCUCAUUGCCAAAGCGUUCGAGGCUACAUUUGGAUCUAUCCCAUCCAAAGAGCUGGAAUACAUAGCGCGCGAUGGACUUCUCUUGACAGGCCGGGCUGUCGAGGACGUGGCUGGCAAUGAUAUUCUCCAGCCCCUCCUCUCUCCAAAACUGGAGCGCAAGCCAUGGGUUGAAGGAGACGCUUUACAGCUCUCCGUGGGUACCCCGGGCGCCCCCGACUCGGUCCGUUUCGUGCGGGAUGAUACACACGAGACAGCCUUUAGUGCCAAUGAGAUUGAGAUCGAAGCUAAAGCUUGGGCAUUAAGCGAAUUGGAUGUUGGCUCCACGACCGGUCGAGCAAGUGCCCACAGUGAGCUACUAGCAGGCGACUGUGCGGGAGUAGUGACGCGGGUGGGUAGCAAUUGCAAGACGUCGGUCCAGCAGGGCGAUCGGGUAUUUAUGUCCGGUGCGGGUCAAAUGCGCAAGUAUAUGCGUGCACAUGAGGCGGGUGUGAUUCGGAUACCUGAUGGCUUGUCCAUUGAGGCUGCCACAUCGAGCUUGCGGCCCGGGGUAACAGCCUACCAUGCCUUGGUUGACAUUGCCAGGCUAGAAGAAGGGGACAAGGUUCUCAUACAUUUGGCUGCCAAUAGCGUGGGACAGAUUGCCACCCGCAUUGCCCAAAAGAAAGGCGCUCAUGUCUAUGCCACGACCGAGUCUUCCGAAGGGAGAGACUUCCUUGUUAACAUUCUUGGUAUACCUGCCGACUGCAUUUUCCAGAGCCAAGACACCUCAUUUGCAGCAGAUGUGAUGCGCGUGACGCAGGGGGACGGGGUAGAUGUUAUCAUAAAUUCCCUGGUUGGGGAGCAUAUGCUGCGGGCAUCCUGCAAAUGUCUGACCCAAGGUGGGCACUUUAUCGAGAUUAGCCGUGCCAACGUCGCGGCUGGUGUCGCUUUACCCAUCGAAGUGCUGGCAAGGAAUAUUACAUUCUCAAUCGUUGAUCCGGCGAAGCUCCGGCAGAAAGCGCUAGGUAGACUGCUGACUUCGGCUACCCAGUUAUUGGAAGAAGGCGAGAUCAAGCACCCGCAGCCGCUGUUGACCUACAGCGUAUCACAGGUCGAAGAUGCUUUCAAGCAACUGCAAGGGAAGGAGACAAUUGGUCGCGUCGUGAUUACCGCGAGGCCUGAAGAUGCUGUCCUGAGGCCACAGUGGGUGUUCGAUAGCCAGGCAUCAUAUUUGAUUGCGGGAGGAUCUGGUGGACUUGGUCGCGCCAUAAUGCAAUGGAUGGCCGACCGGGGAGCCAAGCACUUGAUUGUCCCUUCUCGAUCAGGCGCGACAUCGAAAGCCGCAGCCUCCGUGCUGGCUCAACUGACGAAGCGUGGCGUAACUGUUUACGCUCCCCGAUGCGAUGUAUCAUGCGAGACUAGCUUCUCCGACAUGCUAGUUGAGUGCGCGCGAGUCAUGCCACCCAUCAAGGGUUGCAUCAAUGCGGCAAUGGUCCUGCAAGAUGGCGUCUUCCAGCAAAACAUGACCUUUGCCAAGUGGGACUUGACAAUGAAAUCGAAAGUGCAGACCUCAUGGAACCUGCACCGCUUGCUCCCUAGCGAUUUGGACUUUUUCAUCCUUCUCUCUUCCCUCGCCGGCAUAGUCGGUCAGAUGGCCAGUUCAAACUACGCCGGCGGCUGCGCAUUCCAAGAUGCUCUGGCCCGGUACCGCGUUUCCCAGGGCCAAGAGGGGCUCUCUAUCGACAUUGGCUGGAUGCGUAAUAUCGGGAUCAUCGCCGAGACUGGGGCCUACCAGCGUCAGCGACAGGCAGCCGAUGACAUGAACCCGAUAGACAGUACCGAUCUUCUCGCCCUGUUGAGCGUUCAUUGCAACCCGACUCGCCCCCGGUCGGUGAAGCCAAGCCCCCAGGUCUUGAUUGGAUUGCGUACACCAGCCGAUAUCCUCGCGCAGGGUCGAAGCCCCCCUGCGCUGCUUGACCGGCCCUUAUUCGCUGCAUUCUCUUACCUCCCCACGAGCCACGCUUCUAGUGGACAAGGUAGCAAGACACAAGACAAGGCAGCAGAGAUUGUCGCCUUUUUCCGACAGUCCCCCGACUCUGGAGAACGCAUCCAGUUAGUCCACCAGGCUCUGGCCAUCAAGCUGGCACGCGCAAUGUCCAUUCCGCCGGAGGAUAUAAUGCCCAACAAGCCGCUAUCCGCCUAUGGAGUCGACUCGUUGAUGGCAGUUGACCUGCGCAACUGGUUUGGAAAGGAGUUUGGCGCGACGGUUGCUGUGUUUGAAAUCAUGGGCGGGGUGACUAUUUCCGCCAUUGCCGACUUGGUGGCUACGAAGAGUGCUUUCAACAAAGGGUCUUGAU